AUGAUGCUAGACGAUGAGGCAUCAACUGCCACUGCGAUGACCAACGAUGAUGAGUUUACGGAAAAGAUGUAUUCAGCUUAUGUCAAAUCUGCAUUUACUUCUUUGGAAAAAGGCGAUUCUAUGCAAAUUGAGACAUUAGCUGAUAAGAUCAAUGCACCAAUAAAUAGCUCAGAAGCUAUAUCGAUACCACAUUUCAGCAUUUUACUCAAAGGUCUCAUCAACCAUACGUCAAAACUAGAUGACCGUGCAUGCAAUAAUUUAAUCUUUGCCAUUCUUCGAUAUAAAUGGUUGGCUGUGCUGGAACUUGAUCAUGAAGUUUACACCACAUUUAUAGAUUUAUACGCACAUUUCGUAACUGUGUUGGUGAGUACGUUCCCUAAGUUCUUAAUUGAAGUUUUGAACAAACUAGUUCGUGAAUUUGAACUAUUUGACUCAAAUGGCAAAUCCACUCAACAUCAUCAAAUUUUACAAAAAAUAUUGAGGUAUAUUCCUACAAGUAUAAAUAUGAUUCCACAAAUAUUACAAGCCAAUUUCCCGCACCAUAUAUCGUCAUCCACGGGGGAGAUACUAAAUUAUGUGGAUAAUUUAAUGCAGAUUUUGACAUAUUGUUCUGAAUUACAAUUCAGUGUUUGGCAAUUGGUUUUCGAAUGUUGCAUCAAACUAGAUGUUGAAUUGCAAAAUGAAUUGGACGAUUUGGAUGAUGACGAGGUUGAAGAAUUGAUUAAUGGUAAAGAUGAUGAUGCCGAAUUACUUGAAGUUACUGAGGAAGAAGACGGGGUGUCUGGAGAAGAUCAAGAAACCGUGGACGCUGAAGCUAACUCCGAUGACGAAAACAUGGGAGAAGUUGAAUGGGUUGAAUCUGUGAAUACAACAAGAAGCAUCAAGACACUUGCAUCCAAAUUGGACAAUAUCAUGCACUUAUUACUUACAAAAACUUCCAACUCAUUUACUACUGAGGAACUCAACAAUGGCAAUGGAGUAGCCUUAUUCAAUACUAUAAACUCAUUGUUCAAAAGCCACAUUUUACCUACGCAUUUCACAAAACUGAUUCAAUUCAUUUUGUUUCGCAUCACUCAAUAUCAACAAGAACUAGCCGACUCGUUCUUAGUGUUGCUCAUUGAUGUUGCCUUUAAUCCGAAUGAAAUUGUUGAAAAGAGAUUGAAAGCAAUGCAGUAUCUCUCUUCCUAUAUCGCUAGAGCUAAGAACUUGUCUCGGCAUCAGAUUGUAUUCAUUGUGAGCUAUCUCAUGGGCUGGUUAAACAAGUACAUCAUAGAAAGAGAACAAGAAACUUUCGACAUUGAAAACAAGCAAAAGCAAAAUCUGACUUCACGUCAACAAACCGGUGGUAUGGAAAGAUUCAAGCUUUUUUAUUCGGCAUUUCAAGCGUUGUUAUACAUAUUUUGUUUCAGACAUGAACAAUUACGCAAAGACCCCUCAUCAUCAACCACUGCAACCACCUCCUCCUCGUCUUCAUCAACAUCAUCCUCAGAAUGGGAGUGCGACAUUGACAAGUUUUUCCAACGUGUAAUUAUUGUCAAAUUCAAUCCAUUGAAAUUCUGCGACGAAACUGUGGUUUACAUCUUUGCCAAAUUAGCGACUAAGUUGAAUGUUUGCUAUUGCUAUUCUAUCAUCGAACAUAACAAGAGAGAAAGAAUGUUGCAAACUAAUGGGUCUACUGUUUUACCAUCAGCAGUGGGUAAUUUCAAGCAAAAACAAGAGUUUUUGGAUUUGGAAGCUUACUUUCCCUUUGAUCCAUUGGUAUUACCCAAGUGUAAGAAAAUAGUCGGAAGUUACUACGUUGAAUGGUCAGAAGUUAAUCCAGACGAAGAUGAUGAUGAAGACAGUGCCUCUGGAAGCCAUAUGGAGGAUGACGACGAUGACGACGAUGACGAUGAUGACGAUGACGAUGACGAUGAUGACAGCGAGGAGAGCGACACCACCGAUGAUAGUGAAGAUGAUGACGACAUUGAAAGUGAUGAUGAUUAA